AAUCAGGACCUCCUUGUCACAAACAAUAGUUUAAUUAUAACUAAAAAUUCUAUUGUAGUAUAUAAUGGAACUGAUAUUAUUACAACAUUCGAAUACAUACCAGAAACAGAACCAGACCUACCCACACAACAUUUGGAAAAUGCCGAU